CUUUACAAACUACGACACGCAAAGACCGUGGUUGACUUGGUCUUUCUACAUUGUCUCUUUUUUUCUUAUUUCUGCAGGUAAUCAUGAUGAACUACCACGAGGAGAGCGCUUUAAGUCUCAUAGAGGAGAUGAACGCAGACUAUGCGAUGUACAGCAGACUACCAGCACACCACCAGGUCAUCGUGGCCGAGGGCAUCAGGACGAGCCGCGUGUACGCUGAGCGCGGCUACAUCGCCUUCAUCUCCUUUUGCGUCCUCAACUUCCCCUUCCUCGCAUCCGUUAUGAACGCCUACAUCUUCCUUGCCAAAUCUGAAUCACCGAAAUACUUCGCACACGACGUCGCCAUACCAUUCUUGAAGCCGGAAGCCGUUUUUAUAUCGCCAUACUUUGAAAUAAUGACAGUGUAUACCGCGUACUGCGCUUUCUUGUAUUUGGUUAAUUUCAUGGGAUACGAUGCUUUCUUCGGCCUGUGUAUUAACCACGCCUGUCUCAAGAUGAGGCUAUUUUGCGCGGCCAUGGAGGACGCGAUGAAAGCACAGACGAGUGAACAAAUGCGCGAGCGUGUCUCUCGUGUUAUACAAAGUCAAUGUAAAGCAUUCAGUUACGUGGACACAAUACAAGAAGUGUUCAACGUGUACAUCGGCAUCAUUCUGUUCGCCACCAUGAUACAAAUUUGUACCUGUAUGUACCACGUCACUGAGGGCUACGAGCUAGAUCCCAAAUACAUCGUGUAUACACUCGGAACUAUUGCUUACAUCUACAUACCCUGCCGAUACUCGUCUAAGUUGAAAGAUGUGAGUUCUGAGACGGCGACGUUGUUGUACUGCUGCGGCUGGGAGGCAGUACCGGACCUGUGGCCGCGUAAAGCACUGCUCUAUAUGAUCCUACGUGCGCAACGUCCCAAAGAAAUAAUCGCCUUCAAUAUGUUCGUCUUUGAUAUGGAACGAUUCGUUGCCGUAAGUUUAAUUUAAUUUUUCUAUUAUGUUAGUAAGUAAUUUAUACUAAUAUUAUAAAG